AGCCAAUGAUGUGGAUGAUGUGGAUAAUGUUGCUUUUCACCGGCCGUUCAGUGACGCGCAGGCAAUACUGGACCACUGGUCUGUCGGAAGGGCUUCUCGAAGCGUCCCAUGGUCCAGGACCUGAUUCCCGCGCACGAAAGGUUGCCAUCGUGCUACCCAGCAAUCUCAGCCGAGCCCAGGCAGAGACUCUGACUGGUCCGAUGAGGGUUCGCGGGUGUAGACGGCGGGUUGGCCUUUUUGGCAGCUUUUGA